AUGAGGCAGAACUUUUGUGGAAAAUACAUGGUUACUCGUGCUUUCAGCACAGAGAUGAAGAUUGGCAGCGAUCCUUGUCGGAUGUGGAUUUCUGAUAUGGCCCAGCAGAUGCGUCUGUAUGAAUUUUUGGUGAUUUGUCCUCGAGGUCUUCGUGGCGACCUGAAACCUAUUUUUCGCGGUGCGUCCCUGAAAGCUUCUCCUCCUAUUCUUCAGCCAAUCAUCUGCCGUUCUGCUACUGAAGUGAAACUGUCCAGGCAGGCUGUCAAGCGUUUCCAUUUUGUGGUACACACAGCCUUCUCGGAGCUGAGGGCUGCACGCUGGUGCUCUGGGGACUUUUGGCUGCUGGUGCUGCUGGGGGUUUUGCUUUGGUUCGUGAGACUUUAUCUGCACUAUUUGAGCCAAUGGGUCUUCCUUCAGACCAUCUCGGUUCCUGUUACAAAAUUCCGGCUUUUGCCUCACACUGUCGAACUGUGCUACCAGAACUCCUUGCUGCAGACCGGUGAAGAGUUGGUCAUGGUUGUGGUGGGACCCCUAACCUUGAUCGCGGGGCUACUUCUUAUGGUCCUGAUCAGAUGGGGCUGUCAGCAGCUGUUUGAUUCAUUCCCUUCCUUCUUGUCAAAGUUUAUCAUAGCUAUGGGACUCUGGACAGUGCUAGACCCCUUGGCAGUGUUCAUAGUGGAUUCAUUCCUGGGGCGACUUGGGAACAGUGUAGAGAAACCCAUUGCUGAUGCUGCAAAGCUCUACUGGGUCUUUGUAAGAGCAGAGGAGUCAGGGAUUCCUGGUGCCUUAAUCACAGUGAUGCUUUAUACGAUCCUGUUCAUCAUCUCAUCGACAGUGUUGUACCUGUACUUUUUAAGGCUGCAUUGCGAAGGCUGGCUGUUGGAUAUAUUUCAACGCAUUCAUGGUGAGGAAGGCACAUUCUUUGUUCCUCUGGACUUAGAGAUUUCCAGUCAGGAGCUGAGCUACAUUAUGAAGAGGGCUGAGCAGUGGAGAGGAAUCAACGGUGAAAGGCGGGUGGUGAGUGGCAAACAAAGUCUCCAAGUGGCAGUGUCUGAUUACAUCUGGAAGGACCACGCCAGCGAGCCUGGUGUCUCCAGCUGUGACCUCCAGCACCGGGAUGAAGCCCCUGACUCUGCAGCUACCUCCAGGGGUAGCACCACGGUUCACGUCUCUGUCUACACCCUCCACCUCAGCGGCUUCCAGGAGCUCUACAGGCACUUCCUCAGGCUACCGGAUGGGGCUAUCGUCGAGGCAUUUGGUGAUAUUACUGGAGAAAGUCUUUUGUGUAAUGAAACGAGCACAGCCCAGGAUCGCAUAAGUGAAAAGGACAGCGUGCUGCAUACAUCUUCACGUAUCAAGCUGAGGGAGAGGAGAAAGAGUACAGCAAGGCAGAAAG